AUGAACUUCUGGAACGGCAUCUUCCCUAAAGCCAUGCAUCAACUCAGGUCAACGCCUCCGCCCAAAGACCGUGCUUCCACGAUUUUCGAUAUUAGAAACAAGCACGACUGGGACACUGUCUACAGCACCCUCGAUGAAGCACGGAACAAGUACCAGAGGGAAGGGGGACCUCUAGGAUGGCUGCGGAAGGUACGGCGUAAGGGUGCUGAUAACAUAACUUCGGUGGAAGGGAUAGUCAAGAUCGUCUCGAAAGCCACCCCCAACGACCCUUAUGCCACACCAAUUUUGGGCGCAUUAGAGGUUCUUUUGGAUGCUGUCAAGACCGCUGCAAGUGUGCGGAAGCAGGUCCUGGAAGGCUUCGAGGGCCUCGUUCCCAUUUUUUCCGACGUUGAGCUUUUUCUUGGGACAUUUCAAGGGGACUUGAACAUAGAGAACGCUUCUGUGGACCUCACCGCUACGACUCUCGGAGCCAUUGAAUAUGCCAUUGGCUUCUUCAUUAGCAAUGAAUUCAGCAGGGGUGGGAAAGCUUUCUUGAAAGUUGGUGGUUACGAAAGCGACCUCAGGCAGAGUCUUGAAUCAAUCAAAGAGAAGAGUAAAGCCCUCAUGGAGGAAGCUGCGAAGUCUCACAUUCAUGAAUUUCACCUAUACUCUCGAGAGACAAGGAAGUUCCAGGAAGGAUUGUCACAGGCCAUGAACUCCGGCUUCAACAAGAUGGAGGCUUUGAUGCUUGAGUAUGCUGAGCGACAAGAGGAGCGCUUCCAACAACAAAGUCGUGAAUAUGAGCAUGUCUCUGAUAUUGAUCUGAUCGACAUGAAUUUCGUAACCAACAAGAAAAAUCAGUUUCCUCCAAGACAACGUGUCUUGGCCGAGCAGAUUGUUAACACGCUAUUCUUCCGAGACUGGAUGGUGUCACCGCACUCAACCAAGCUUCUCAUUCAAUGGGACUUCCGUCUACCCAAAACUAUUGCCGGCGUCACUCCCCUUUCGGUAUUCUGCAGCACGGUGGUACAAUCACUCCGGUGCAAGGAGCAAUUUAUAUCAGCUCUUUGGUUUUGCGGGCAGCACAUCGACAAUUCCAAGGCAGCUAACAGAGUUGCUCGCAUUGCCGCCGAAUGA